GUACUACUACAGCACAGCCUCGGAGUCGGAACAGCUAGCAAUACUCGUACGAGUCGGAGCUGGUUAGCUGCAACUCACCUUUACUGCUAAAGUUAAGUUUAGCUGAAGUUAGUAUUAGCUCUACAGGGAAUUAUUCAUCAUGCGCGAAAUAUUGGGCUCCGCAUUACUACUAGUAUAGUAUCUUCUUCAUUAAUUUUUUUCUGGCGAAGACAAGUGCUGCGCUGGCCGUGCAUCUGAAGCGGCAAACUCUCCUUCUGGCGUUGCAAAAACGAAAAAUAAAGUGAACAGGUUCGCUGCUCAGGAGUUGUGCUAGCAUAGUUAGAUGUUGCCUCGAUAAGCUCGGGAUAAGAGAAAGACUGGAACAUGCGGAGAAAACAGAGUACUCUCCGCCGCAGUUCCGCCACGGAAAGCAGUGAGGAGGAUGAUCCAAUCUGUAUCAACCAGGACAUACCGCCCGCUCACGGCUAUGGCGAACAUCGCAACAUCCGCGGAGAUGUUGACGACGCUGCCGUGUUCCAGGGCUCAGAAUGGACGCAAACCGCGAACAGCACAGCCGAGACGAGAAUUGGAGUGUGUAUGUCGGGCAAUGAGCUGUACGACUCAAUGUUCUCCCUAGGAGUUCUCAACUCGCUACUAGCGCGCAGUGUUCGCAUUGACUUUCUCAGCACCGUAGAUGCUGGAUCGUUCGUAGCUAGCUCCUAUCUCCGCUGGAAAGAUCGUGAACGGCACCAGCAUGACACCCUGCUGUGGCAGGAGUACUAUUUCCGUCGCCAGUGUGUGGCCUAUCAGAAAAUCGCCACGGAAAACGGCGACCCCCGACCAAGACCAUUUGCGUCUGGCUUCUUUGGCAACCUCGUCCUACUUGGGUUUGUGUUCAUGGUGAUGCUCCUGCCGAUCGUGGAGCUUACUGCAUCUGUGUUCACGCGAUGCUUGUAUGUAGCCACGUCCUGGGUGUAUCCGCAAUGUCGGGAGAAUAAUGUGCAUGGCGGAAUAUUUCUGACACUGCUAUCAACAGUUGGACCGCUAGCGGGGCACAUGCUAUUGGUGUUGGCAAAGAAGGUUCGUGUGUCAGCGUUUGGGGAAUCGCUGGUUCGAAAUGCUGCCGCCAAGCUGUUCGUCCUAACAGCCGUUUUCUUGCAGACGUUCUCUCUGUUCUUUUUGAUGCACACGGCAAGGGACACAGGCCCCGAAAGCCUAGCGUCUGUGUUUCAAGGUGAUUCGCUACUUCAUGUUUCGCCCCAGCAAGCUCUAUAUGCAGGUGUGUUUGUUCAUGCCAUCAUCUGCUGCCAUACACACAGAUGGCCUGUCUUCGGAGGCAUCGUACUUCAUUCCAUACUUCUAGAGUAUCGCCUGGGAUUGGAGUUUUUGCAAACAAACAUAUACUUGUUUGUUAUGUCAGCGCUGCUCAUUGGUCAACCAUUGGUGGUCGCUUGGUUACAAGACCAUGAUAUUCAGAAAUACAGAUACUGGCUCAACCUGCUUUACAAGCCCUUCUUUGACGCCAAGGACAGGUGGCAGAGAGCAGGCAAACAGGUCAUAGCGGGUAGCAGAGGUGACAACCUUGGCAGGAGUCAUGGCGCAAGUACUGUGGACGAAAGUGAAGAAGAAACAAUAUCCGACAACGCAGAUAGGAUAGCAAUGGGACGUUUGGCAGGGAUAGCACCGGACUGGUUGUUCUCAAUGGCUGAUCAGGGACCAGUGUACAGCAGUCAUCAGGAGGAAGGGUCUGGUGAGGAAGGUGAGCACUGCCACUCGAUACCGUAUCUCUCAAGCCUGAGACUGGCCACCAUACUCAGCAGUACAGCACAUGGACAGCCACUUGGUCCAUUGCAGGCAGUAUUCCGACAGCUGCAAGAAAUAGCUCAGUCCCAGGCAGACGUGGCCUCUUUGGACUGGGAGCACAUCUAUACGACUGCCAGCUUUUCUAAGUACGCAACAACGGUCAUCCUUGUCAUUGUAUCCCAAUUGUUACUUCCGGUGCUAGUUUGGGGCCAGUACUGGCUACUGACCUGGCUUGCAAGGACAGUCGUCAUGACACUGGCAGUUGGUUGGCUGCUUGAGCAGUCAACUGGGAGCAUGGCAUAUAUUUGGGAUGCUGUUGUUGCCAUGGCCCGGUCGGUAGCAAACAAAAGUCCACUUCUGUUACUGGUGAAUGAUGUUGUGAACUUCACGUCACCUCCACUUGCCGACGAUGCACAGCCACAAGAGAGCAGAACAGACGAGGAGGGCAACUACCUUAACUUGCAUUCAGGAUGUGAUGACAAACUUGGUCUGCUGCCGCUGCUUCGGAAGAAGACCGAUAGAAUAAUCCUUGUCGACACGUCACUGAGAUACUCAAACAGGCGAAGCGCUGCUAUUGGCCCUGUCAUCUUGCACGCCAGAAACGUUCUAGGCUGCGUCUUUCACACUCUGGCCGGCAUGGAGAUGGACGCUGAGUUCUUCCGUGAAAUGGAUAUCAUUGGCUGCGAGGAUGAAACAGAAGUGUUUCACUUCCUGGUGUUGUAUCCUGAUCAGUGCGAGCCUAAGAGAGGGGAGAUCUUACUGCUCCAGUCCAAAAGUGUUUCUUGGCACGAGAGGUCAAUGGAGAUUGAGAAUGGCAAGAACAGCUUCAGCUGGUUCCAGGCUCUGGAUCUUCUCCCCAGGGUGGUGAGCGCGCCGCUAAUGACACUCACGGAUGCCAUUGGGGAGAAAUACUCCAGGUUUCGAUCAUUCUUCAACAAGCCUGGUCAUUUGGACUUGAAAGCCUUGUACUAUGAAGGCCAGUUGGCUAUGGAUGGUGACAUCGCCAGGGAGUUCACUAUGUUCCUUCCCAAAAGUGUUCCCUUUCCAUGGGUACCCCAACCGCGCCGAUCAUCUCUGAAGCAGCGUAGAAACAGUGAGAGUGGUGGAUUUGAGUUUGCUAGUCAAAAGCGGCGAGUCAGUUUCUCACCUGCAGAGAUCCAGAGUAAUGCCAUUUUUGCCCAAGAUCAAGAGAAUCUUCUCCACAGUCCUAAUGUCUUUUCCGAAAGUGUUGGGCAGGAUAAAGCGGAAGACGUAUCUCCCCGGUCGUCUAGGUCUUCGCGCUCAUCUUCAUCCAGCAGCUGGCCGUCGCGCACCAGUUGGGCCGACUUGUCACGCGAAGUCGAUAGGAACUUGGACAGGGUUCCCGGCCCCGCUGCAAACAUCCCCUUCGACAGUUCGUUCUACAAGUUCCGUACGGCAAAGCUGGCCGAUCCUUACGGCUCAUUCUCCUCAUCGGUUGAUGGCUCCAUCUUUGACAUGUCUGACCCGUCAGAUGAAGAACCCAGACCUGGACAAGGCAGCGAAGAGCAAAGUGAAGGAAGUUUGGAUGAUUCUGGUUUUGCAAGCCAUGACCCAUUCAAUGCUGAAGGUGAGGCAGACAAUUCAAGGACUAGUCGACAAGACCCUCCGACGCUGGAAAGUCGCCGACCGAUUCCAGAAAUCACGAUUCAGCCGAGCACCCCACUGACAAGCUCAACUAAACAGUGCAGCUCAACCACAAGACAGAGACGGCAAAGUUGGAUUCGUGCGUCCAAAUCGCAGAGUCAUAGUCAGUCAUCCAUCCCCGAAGAAGAUGAGUCGGAAGCUGCUACUGCAACAUCGGCAAUAAGUACUGGUCUCAUGGAAAUGCCUCCACCAUCUGAAAACUGCACUAAUAUGUUUUCUCACUUAUCUGAAAAGAAAAGCUUCUCACCGAAAGCGACCGACAAUCCGUGGUGUGCCGAACAUCACUCGCAGGACACGAGCGACAUGAGUGAAGCCGAAGACUUUGCAGUCGACUAUGAUCGAAGCACUAUCCCUGGGAACGCAGCAUCAAAUGCCAACAAGGACACUUCGGGUGUGUUCUUUCCAAAGUCCGCUGAUCUGCCCGUCUAUCCUGAAUCAGAUAGUGCAGCACGUUAUGAGAGGCAGCGGAGUUUCAAAGCCUUUGACGCACCCCAGAUGACGGAUCUUCCCACAGGAAAAGUCCUUACGCCAGUGAGCUCCCCAUUGGUCGUCAUACUGACUCCACCGGACUCACCUGGGGAAAACGAACAACAUACCCACUCUGAUGUGAAAGUCAACUUGCCACCGUUCAGGACACGGACUCGAAUUGUUUUCGACAAAAGGGCCAGAAAAGAAUCCUAAACUCUUCAAGCAACAGGACAGGUUUAUAACACAUAGUAAACAUAAUGGUAAAAUCGGUAGAAAAUCCAGUGUGUUUAUUGCAUAUAUUUUACUGUUAAUGUGGUUGCCAAUAUGUUUUUUUUAAGUACAUUGUGAUCCAUAUC